AUGACCGCGAAUUUCAAAGACAGAAGUGCAUUUUCCUACCUCGAUGAAAAUUUGAACGGCAGCUCGUACAGCGAAAGUGAAAAAAUUUUCCUAAAGAACAACAUAAACUGGAACAAAAUAAACGUAUUAAAAUGUAACGAGAAGGAAAAUGAAGAGGGCAGCAGCAUCGGCAUCAUUAUGGAUAUGCCCAGUGGCAACAACAACUAUGUUGACAGUGUGAACUACAACGAGGUUGGCAUAAAUUACGGAGGUGUGCAAAAUUUUAAUAGGAGUUUCUAUUGGGGGAACGCAAGUCUAAAUGACAGAAGUAUUUUAAGCAAAAGGAAGUACAGCCACCUGUCUGAAGAGUAUGAGGAAAGGAAAAGGAAGUUGUCACCGUCUCAUCUGUUCGAGGACGCCCAUGUUGGUGAUAGUCAUGGCUUUGGUGAUGGCCACGUCCAUGGCACAGCGUCGUACCAAAAUCCAAAUGAAGACCACUUUAAAAACAAUUACAAUUUUGAGUUUUGCCAGAAUUAUAAAAAUGUCUACCUGAAUGAAGGCGGAAUGGCCGGUGGGGUGGCCCAGGGGAUAAUCCCCAUGCAACAGACGCAACAGAUGCAACAGACGCGACAGAUGCAACAGAUGCAACAGGUGCAGCCGAUACAGCAUGUGCAGUAUAUGCAACAUAUGCAGUACAUGCAGCAUGUGCCGCAUAUGCAGCAGGAAGAGGAUUAUUACGAUGGGGAUGUUCUUGCCAACAGCCACGUUAGCAAAGAUGGGAGCACCAGUGCAGAGCUGGAUGAGGACUUCCCGAACGCCGACGGAAGCAGGAAUAACCAAAUGCGGGGAAAAUACCAAAUUGAUAAAAUCUACGGAACCUGCUUUGAAAAUGUAGACAGUUCUUUUAUCCUAACGAAGAACAUGAAAAAGAGGUAUAAAAAUUUCAUACAAAAUGAAAAGAGAAAAAAAGAAGAUCAAGCAUAUGGGUAUAUGAACGAGUUGGAUGGAAAUGUCUAUACAAGUAUUCAUGAGGGGAACAGGUUACUGUGCCCAGGUGACAUGGGGUUGAACUGUGCCCUGGAGGAAGAGGAGACAGUGGAGGAGACGGUGCAGGAGACGGUGGAAGAUGAAGUGGAAGAGGAAGUGGACGGGGAAGUGGAAGGGGAAGAGGACGAUGAAGGGGAAGGGGAAGAAUAUUUUAACAGCACACCGAAGAAUUACCCAUCUCGUGAGAUUAACGAUUUGAAGGAAGCUGCUGAUAUGUUUAAUGGGGAACAUGAAAAAGCCGAUGAGGGGAAUAACUGCAGUGGUAGUAAAAAUGAGAAUGCGCGGAGCAACGAAUUAGACGGUGUUUAUAAUUACACAUGCAAUGACGAGUGGAAUGACUAUUCAUUCGAUGGUGGUAGAUUGGGCCAGCCACAAAACAGCAACCAUGACGAUGCCCAUAGCGGGGAAGAGGUUCACCUCACGGAAGGACAAUCAAAUUUUACAGAACCAGAAAAGGAAACACAAUUUUUUACGCCGUCCCAAACGGUUGACACGGGGAAUCUCGUAAGUACGUUCGAAGAUAACGAAGAUGAAGAGGAGCAGGACCAUGUGGAGCAGGACCAUGUGGAGCGGGACCAAGUGGAGCAGGACCAAGCGGAGCAGGACGAAUCAGAGGAACACAUGAAUGAGCACAUUGCAGCCGAAGGGAUGAAACCAAAUGGGAGCCCAUACAAGGAAGGUAACAUAUCGGUACCAGAAGAAGAAAUAAAUGUGAAAGAAGGAAAAGAGAAAGCACUGGAGGAAGAUGAAGAAACACAUGACAAUGACAGUGAAAAUGGGGAUGUUCACAAAUCCUUCUAUGAUGUAGAUCAUGCGCCUAUAAGCGGAAGUCAAUUGGAGGAGGGAAAUUUCGAAGAGUGCAAUGGCGCUGCGGUGGAGGAAAGGGGUUUCCCCGUAGUAGGUAAGGAGAACCAGGAUGUGGAGGACAAUGCGAUGGGGAUGAAAGGAAGGGAGGACGCAUCACCAGGUUUAGGUGGCAAUCCGGCAGGUUCUGAUAUCGACCCUGUGAGUGCAUUUUCCAAAGAGAAGGAUACAAUUAGCGAGCCCGUAGAUACGAUUAACAGUCCUGUGGAUACCGUCAACGAACAGAUAAAUGAAGAGGCGCCAGUAGAAAGGGAGGAAAAUCAAGUUCAAGAAAACUGCCUAAUAAAAGUAGAAGGGGCGAAAGAGAACUGCGAAGUUAAUUCCCCAGCCACAGUGGUUGGAGUCAAACGGGAAAACUGCGAGGAGGAUAUUAGGAAGGAGGGAAUGCCAGCAGACAGUAACGCGAGCACAGUGGAUAAUCUGCAGGAAAAUUCUGGAACCAUUGGGAUAAAGAUGGAGCAGCCUAGCCAUUGUGAGGAACCUAACCAAUCUGAGGAACCUAACCAUUGUGAGGAGCCUAACCAUUGUGAGGAACCUAACCAUUGUGAGGAGCCUAACCAUUGUGAGGAGCCUAACCAUUGUGAGGAGACUAACCAUUGUGAGGAGCAUACUGAGGACGAGCAGCAUGGCGUGUCGCCAGUCCUGGCGGAAAGUAUACCAAUGAAUGUGUCCCAGGAGGGAGAUGUCAAUAAGUGUCCCAAAACAGUUGGCGAUAGUGUUAGUAGUGGAACGAGCGGCAAGGAUACAGACAGAAGCAGUGGCCAAUCAGGUGACAGCGGGCAAAGUAAAAAGGCAAGCGUGUUUUAUGAAAAUAUGUCAAGCAAAUUUUCGAGAAUUUUCGGUUUUUCCUCCAAAAAGGUUAACAAUUAUGAAUCGGAUGAGGACUCGGACAGUGACCGGGAGAGUAGAGACAGGAGAAGGCACAGUGACGACGAGAGUGAGGAUAAUGGAGAAAAAAACGAAAGUGAUGAGGAUGAACAGAAGGAAGGAAGCGAAUCGAAUGGCUCCAAUGAAGAACGCACAGAAGAGCCGCUCCAUUCGACGGAACAACAAGAAGGGGAUAGUUCCCAAAUGGAUAGCACCGCUCAGUUGAAGGAUGUGGCGGGAGAAGACGAUGACGACGUCAACGAUAAACAUGUCCCCAGUGAAGAAAAACCAGAUGAAGGAAAUGAAAAUUUGCAAACAGAUGAAAAUGGGGAUGAUGGCCAUGGCGAAGUUGGUGAGAAUAGUGCUGAGAACACUGCUAACAACAUUGCUAGUAAGGUGGUUAGCCAUGUUCGUGGAGGGGACCGGACCAGGAGAACGCAAAAGACGAAGAAGUCCAUGGGGACCAAGAAAGUUAAUCGGAGAAAAAUGCCCCGUGUGAAGAGAGAACCACACGGCGGAGCUAACGGAGCAGAAAUUGAAACAAGGACAUGCAACGUGUGCAAUAUGAUUUUUGUAAACAGCAAUUUAAUGCAAAGACAUGUGAUGAGCGUCCACUCUGAUGAAAGGCCAUACGAGUGUGAUGUUUGUCUGAAGCGGUAUAAAAGAGCAGACCACUUGAAGCUGCAUCGGAUAAAACACAACCUAAAUAAGGAGGAGAAGAAGUUCCAGUGCUCCAUCUGUCAGAUGUUUUUCAAAUCGCCCAGACAGAUGAAGAAUUGCAAACUGAAGCAUAUAAGGUAUUCCAUGGCUAAGGAUGCUGUGGAGUGGGCGACGAGGGAACCAGUAGAAGGCGCUGUCGACGGGGUAGGUAACAAUAGGGAGGACCAUCCGAACGAAGGGGAAAACGAUAGCAGUGGUAAAACAAUGCAAAGUGGUGAAGACCAAGCAGAGGGAGAGGGGCACACUGGUAGUAGCGAAAGUGGCACAUCGAAAGGCGAUGAUGCCACGGAACAGGCAGGCACUGAGAACAGCGCACAGGGAGAAGAAAUGGAUCAGCGUCAAAUCGAAGACGACAAGGGAAAGGUCGAAUCGGACGAGCAAACGAACUCGGAAGAGCGGCAAAUUGAAGCACACAACCAGCAGGAGAAUGUGGAACAGCGGUUGGAAGUGAAGAAGGAGAACAGCAGCCCCAAUAGAAUUUCUGUCGAAAUUCGAACGUGCAACGUGUGCAGUAUGAUUUUUUCAAAUAAAAAAUUAAUGCAAAGACACCUUAUGAGUGUGCAUUCAGAAUCGAGACCAUUUAAAUGUCACCUAUGCGUAAAAACGUACAAGCGGUCGGAUCAUUUAAAGAAGCAUAUUUCAUCGCAUAAGGAUAAUAAGGAUAAAAUAAAAUACACUUGUUCCAUUUGUCAGUCUACCUUUGACACUACCAAAGAAUUAAGAUCGCACAAGAUAAGGCACUACACAUGUCCAUAUGAAAAUUGCACCUACUCCUAUUCGACUAUCUCGAAAAUGAAGUACCAUUUGAAUAAGCACAAAUGUAACCUCUUCUAUACUUGUCCUGUGUGUGCCAAGAAAUUUCUCAUUUAUAAGGAGUUCAUACAACACAAGAGGAGCUGCUUCGAAAAGAAGUACGUCUGCCUGCAGUGCAACAAAAUAUAUUUGCAUUCCAAUGGUUACAACAAGCAUGUACGGAAAGUCCAUUUGAAUAUCGUCCAGAAUUAUAAAUGUACUGUGAAUAACUGCAGCAAGGAAUUUUCUUCUGAGUUCAGCUUGAAGGAGCACAUAAUAAAUUUCCAUCAUCGGGUCAAGCGUUUUUUCUGCUCCAAGUGCAACAUGUCCUUUGGGUAUAGGAGUUCCUUUCGCCGCCACAACGUUAAUAUACACCCGUGA